CAACGUUCAGCUUUCUCUUACCAUCUAUAUAUCUUUGCUACCUAUCUUUCUCAGUUUAUCAACAAACAACAAUGGCAAACCAUCUUCAAGAUCCCUUAACCACUUCCUUGAAACAAGGUCUAAUAAAAAAAGAGCAACAAUUUGACGAAGAAACAGUGAGUUUGCAAGCAGGGAUAAUCUUGUCCACUGCGGGCUUCCCUAUGGUUUUCAAAACGGCCUUGGAGCUUGGCGUCAUCGACACGAUUGCUACUGUAGAGGAAGGCGUAUGGCUCUCGUCUUCUGAGAUUGCACUUCGUCUCCCAACCAAACCCACCAACCCCGAGGCACCGGUUUUAUUGGACCGGAUGCUGGCUUUACUUGUUAGUCACUCGAUCUUAAAGUACCGUAUGGUUGAAACGGGAGAAAGCGGUCAACCCGGAAAAACCGAGAGAGUUUAUGCUGCUGAACCGGUUUGCAUGUUUUUCUCGAACCGUGGCGGCGGCUCCAGUUCUCUUGCGACUAUGCUCAUGGUAGGCCUAAGCGAAGUCUAUUUCAAGACUUGGACACAUCUCAAAGAUAUGAUAUUAGAAGGAAAGGAUGCAUUCACCUCUGCUCAUGGCAUGCGAAUCUUUGAAUACAUUGGUUCAAACAAACGGUUCGGUGAAAUGUUUAACCGGGGAAUGUCAGAAGUUUCUACCAUGAUCAUGAAUAGAGUUCUAGAACUGUACAAGGGAUUCGAAGAUGUAAACACUUUAGUGGAUGUUGGAGGAGGAUUUGGACACGUCACAGGUUUAGUGACUUCCAAGUAUCCUCAUAUUAAGGGCAUCAAUUUCGACUUAGCCAAGGUUUUAACUGACGCUCCUCUUUAUCCGGGAGUGGAGCAUGUUUCAGGAGAUAUGUUUAAAGAAAUUCCAAAAGGAGAUGCCAUCAUCAUGAAAUGGAUACUACAUGAUUGGAACGACGAAGAUUGCAUAAAGCUUCUAAAAAAUUGCUGGAGAAGUCUUUCGGAACAAGGAAAAGUAAUUCUCGUCGAGAUGCUUACGCCGGUGGAACCAAAGAUCAACGACCCCUAUUCUAAAAUUGUGUUUGGUAUGGACAUGUUUAUGUUAACGCAAUGCUCAGGUGGUAAGGAGAGGUCAUUUCCCCAGAUCGAGACUCUAGCCUUUGAUUCGGGUUUUAUCCGGUGUGAAAUCAUAUGCCAUGCCUAUUCAUAUGGUGUUAUGGAAUUACACAAAUAGAUCCCAGAAUAUACGAACGAAAAGUAAGAUUACUCACAUCUAGUCCGCAGACAGAUUUGUCGUUCCUAAUGGCUGUUACCAUUAAUACCCAUUUAUAUCUUAGCUUUGUUUUAUCAAAAUAAAGUUAUAAACUAUUUUACCUUGUAUUUCACAUUCAGGAGUUUUUUUAGUUUGUAAUGGGUUUUUUUUCCGGUGUAUGAAGCCUUUCAUUCUCUCCAAAUUGAAAAAAAUAAAAUAAUAAG